AUGUAUUUCUCUGCCACCUCCUUCGCAAAACUAAACGUGCCCUUUUACCUGAAGUUGUAUCUGGCUACGACUAUCAUUGCCUUUGUGAAGGGCGAGCGAAAUUUGGUGAAAGCGGCCAGAAGACUUAUUGUCAACGCGUGCUUAUCUUCAUUCGUGAUGACAGG